AUGUGCUCAGGAGUGACUAUCCGGGCACUGACGCUGCAACUACGGAAGCCGUGGGAUGAGCCAAAGCAGCUGGCCGGAUGCCUGUCGACUUGCGAAACGUGCCUCUCAUGCAUUCGUGCAUUGAGCAAGAGAGUGAUUCACGAUGGACUUGUUGAGUGCCAGGUCUGUGACGGCCGACCGUACGGUUUCGAUCUUCGGGUACACUGGACUUGCCAGGGGCAGCUGCGUUUAGGCUACAGAAGCUUCAAGAUCUCGGCUAUAUCCUUGUGCGAGAUGAGAAAGCAGGAAAAUCUGGCGGCCGAUUCGCAACAACUGGCGUGGCGGAUCCACAAGCACGUGAUUGAUGUCACAGAGAUUCGCCCCUGUUGCCUUCGGCAGACUUUGAUGAAUGGCUUCGAGGAGCUGGAGAUGGAGCCCGCUCCUUGA